AUGAGCGUAUCCAGGCCUCAGCGGCUCCGGUCGCCAACCAAGCCCCAGCGAUCGACCUCCACCCGCCCAUAUCCGCCCCCGUCACAUCAAACUGAACGGCGAUACAACACGCGCCAGAGUGCAGCCCUCCAGCGGCAGGAAGAUUCAGCUCACUCUAAAGUCCCAGGUACAACACGGCCAGCAGAGUUGCAAGAUGACCGCGCGGCGUCUUCCUCACUCUCUCCACUGUCAGCCCAGGACGGAUUAGUCCCUCCCUCCUCGUCCCGACUGCCUUCCCUCGACCGAGAGCUGGAGCAACUAGCUUUCGGUAGUUCAGUCUCUCGCUCUACUCCUGCGUCGUUGCAGGACAGGCACCGCGUGUCCUGCUCCGUGCCCUCCAGCCAGCCCAACCCUCACCUUGAUGACCUCUUCAACACUCCUCCUCUCGACGUAGGUCUGCACGGCCCGUUUAUUUCAGAGCCUCUCGGAGGGGACAGCCUUCAGGAAGCACGCCUUGAUGGCUCGUUUGAACCUCCGGCUGCACAGCCCAGACAUGACUCGUUCUUCCUGGAUAAGCCGUAUCUGCCACGGACGGAGGAAGACAGCGCACGACCACGCGUGGACAGUGCACCCUCUGGUGCGCGUGAAAUCGGUAAUCACGUCUCUCCUCUGAACAGCCAGAAAGGAAAUGGCAAUCCAUUUGCGCGACAGAGCUUCCUCCAAGGUCUCUUUGAGGAGUCGCAAGAAGACGAAGAGGCAUCCGCCAGCAACCUCGCGCCUCUGUCCAGCCUCUUCACUAUUGACGGGUGCUCGCUUCGCCGUCGGCGGAAACACCGCCACUCGCAAACACGGAGAGCCUCUAAUCCAAACCUCGACAACUAUCCACGUCUGACGUUUACCUCCGGCAGUACACCCUCCCCCUCGAAAAAUGCUCCGUCGCGCAAACCAAACGCCAUCGACGCUCGCAGUCCAGCCAUGGCAGCCAACGACCAGUACACUGGGCAUUUCGCACCUUCCGAGAACAGAGAUACCAUCGAAACCCCGCCUUUACCGCCAACGCCCCGCGAGAGCACGACAGAUCGUCCUCAUAACGCGAAGACGCCUCGUCUUCACUUCGCGCGGACGGGCCCGAAAGCUGCCGCCCCUGCGACGAAGGCCGAAGGCCUUCCCGCACCCUCCAGGGUCCCUAACAGCUGUCCCUCGGAGCCAUCAUCACAGGCUACCCAUAGCCUGGCCAGCCUCUGCGGCACAGCAAGUCUCAGACGCUACCAGCUGCCUCCUCCCCUAUCCCUGCCAAGCGGACUGAGCACACCGCCGGCUCUGAAUGUGGACCAGGAGAUCGAAAUGUGGGAGGAAGAAGAGAGGUGCAUUCGAGAACGCGAGAUGACACCGCCCGACGACAUCCUGGACAACAUGGCAAGCUGGGGAGACGUUCCUAACGAUAAUCAGCCUCGCGCCUCUCAGCAGCAGCAAUCCGGACAGGACCGGACAAACCCCGCCACUCGACAAGUCCUCGGCGACAUCACGUCCCAGUUUGCUCAGCCUCCGCCUCCAUCAAUGUCAGGCGUUGACCUGACAGCCCAUCUCAUGUCCUUGGUCGAGCGUCUGGAGCCUGCCAGAGGGACACCUCGUCGGCGCCGUCAAGGAGUUCGCGUCUGCGAGACUCAACAACCCCCACAUCGCACUAUCCGGUCCAGCUCAUUCGCAUCCAAAGAUCCGGUCAGGCGCCGGACCCGCACGCAACCCGCCCCGUUGAGAAGGGAGGACAGCUCGCAAGUCUUGCUGCGGCCUCCAACUCAGCGAGAAAGAGGGCUGAUCGAUGCUUCCACGAGUGCGACCAAAGCAAAUCGUGACAUGGCUAUCGAGGGUGCUCCACGUAGUGUAAGCUCGGCUCUCAGGUCGACUGCGCCACAGUUACCCCAAAAUGAUCGUUCUCGGGGAGCCGGCACCACCGGCGUAUGGUCUGAGUUCAAGCAGCCGUCACGACUGAACGCCACGCCUCCACCCGAACCCAGCGAGGUUGAUGUCCGCCAUGCCGAGCUUGCCGAGAAGUUCGCUUCAUUCGCAGCCUACAUCAAGCAGCAUGAGGAGCGCGCCCCACCUCCUCCCGUGCUCGGAACUCGCGUACGCACUAUGUCGCUCCGGAGCACCAAGUCGCUGGGACACUUGGACGGCCACGUGCUGGGUAACCGCUCGCUUCAUGCCGCCACUCAAGGUCCCACACGGUGA